AUGGCAUCUGCUCCCGCCGGUCGUCGCUCACAUCGCAAAUCGAGAGCAGGCUGUUUAGCUUGUAAAAGGAGAAAAGUCAAGUGUGACGAACACAAACCAUCCUGUGGAAACUGCACGCGACAUGGAGUACCCUGCUCCUUCACUAGCCUGGCAGAGGAGGUUCAUUUAAGCCAUGCCAGCGUCUCCGCACCAGUCAGAUCGGAUGACGUACCAGAUAGUGCUAGUCCAAGUACCAUCGCUUCCAUGCCUUCACAGGCACCCAUGAUAUCGAGUCUUCCAGUUUUUGAUAUGGAACUUUUUCAUCAUUAUAUGACCUCAACAUGUUUUACACUAACUCGGACACCGAUUGUCCAGGCCGUCUGGCGCGACGAAGUCCCUCGAGUGGGGUUUACCAUGCCGGCUGUGUUGCACGCCAUGCUGGCAGUGAGUGCCCUGCAUCUUGCUACCUCUGAUCCAUCCAGACGCGAGAGAUGUACCGCGCAAGCGCAUAUGCAUCAUGAAAUAGCCGUCCGCUCCGUUACACCGAACCUCGCAUCUUUGGCCACAGAUAAUGGAGUAGGACUUUUUCUGUUCUCUUCGUUGACUUGCAUAUUUGCCUGUGCUAGCUCUGGAUCAGAUAAUAAUUUCCUUGUCCUCUUUGAACAUGGCCGUCUUGCGAAUUGGGUUCUUCUCUUCCGCGGAACAAAAACAGUCCUCGACUACAGCAGCGAUGAUUUUAGUAAGGGGAAAUUAGGCCCAAUGUUCAUGAAUGGAUCUCGGUCAGCGGCUGCCCGGAAUUGUCAUACAAUGGAACAGGGUCAGAUGUACACUUGGGAGUUGAAGCAACUGAUUUAUCGCGAUUUUUCGCAUGACCCGCGAUUGCGUCAUGUCUAUGAAGAGGCUUUGGAUACACUCAGCAAAACUCUGGGGGUUGUCAUGAAGCCAGGCGAGGGUCCAAGACUUCAAACAGCAGAUAUUUUUGCCUGGCUGCUCGAAGCGUCGGACGAAUACUUGCAACUGUUAGUACAAGAAGCACCCAUGGCUCUUAUCAUCUUUGGAUAUUUCUGCGUUGCUCUGCACAAAAUUGAAUGGAUGUGGUGGAUGGAAGGACUCAGUGGUCGAAUGAUGUCGCAAUUGUACGCAGUGAUUGAGGAAAAAUAUCGUGACUGGCUACGAUGGCCGCAGGAGCAGAUAUACUGGGCUCCUGAAUCUACAAAUACCUAG